GUUGGAGAGCGCGGAGCCGAGGUUCCCGAGCGGCGCCUAAGCUUCCUUCUAGAAUUCAUUCCUUGCCUGAGUGCUUUCUUCCCUUCAUCUCAUACAUUUGAAAUUUUCUUUGAUGUGCCGGAAUCCAGCUCCAGCAGCCAGGAAAUCAGCCUGAAGAGAUGAGUGUUGUCGGUGGAGAAUGAUGCAGCCUCUGACUCAAGACCUCUGAAGACUCGUGUUGCCUGAGGAAGCCCUGAAGUUAAGGAAGAGGAAAGAAAAGGAUCGAGGCAUGGCCCUUUCUCAGGAACAACUGACCUCUGAGGAUGUGGCCAUCAAAUUCACUCCGGAGGAGUGGGAAUUCCUGGAUCCUGCUCAGAGGGCCUUGUACAGGGACGUGAUGCUGGAGACCUGUAGGAACCUGCUGUCUGUGGGUGAGGAUGAGUUCCUUCCAGAGCUGCCCUUGGAUAUCUCUCCUACAAAUGUGAUCAAGCACUUACAACCCACAGCGAACAGUGAUAAAUUAGAAACGUUCCAAACAUUGAUGUUGGGAAGCCCUGAAAGCUGUGAAAUCAAACAUGUUCAUCUUUGGGAAAGUCAGGAGAACAUGUGUGACUUUGAGUGUCAGCGGAGAGAUGACAAAAGAAAUUACAAAGGCACACCUGUAAGCCUUAAUGGAAAUGUGCCUGAUGGAAGAUAUUCGCAUGAUAGAAAGGAUGGAGGCAUCAAGCCCUUUGGAAAGAGGUUUGGAUUUAACUUUCAGGAUAAACUGCAGAUAUUUCAAACUGGCGGAAUAAUUUCUGAAUAUAAUGAAGUUAAGAGUUCUGACAACAACAGUUUCUCAUUUUCACCUGUUCAAAGAAUUCCUCCUUGUGUCCAAACCAGUGUUUCUAACAUAUAUGGGAGUGAUUUUAUGAAUCCUUCAGGAAUAACACAAGAAGUCAAAGCACAGAGGGAAAAACCUUACAAAUGUGAUGAGUGUGGCAAGGCCUUUCGUGUAAAGUCAAUCCUUUUAAGUCAUCAGACAGUUCAUACUGGAGAGAAACCGUACAAAUGUGAUGAGUGUGGCAAGGCUUUUUGUGUAAAGUCAAGCCUUUUAAGGCAUCAGACAGUUCAUACUGGAGAGAAACCUUACAAAUGUGAUGAGUGUGGCAAGGCCUUUCGUCUGAAGUCAAGCCUUUUACGUCAUCAGACAGUUCAUACUGGAGAGAAACCUUACAAAUGUGAUGAGUGUGGCAAGGCCUUUCGUAUAAAGUCAAGCUUUUUAAGUCAUCAGACAGUUCAUACUGGAGAGAAACCUUACAAAUGUGAUGAGUGUGGCAUGGCCUUUCAUGUAAAGUUAACCCUUUUAAGUCAUCAGACAGUCCAUACUGGAGAGAAACCUUACAAAUGUGAUGAGUGUGGCAAGGCCUUUUGUGUAAAGUCAAAGCUUUUUACUCAUCAGACAGUUCAUACUGGUGAGAAACCUUACAAAUGUGAUGAGUGUGGCAAGGCCUUUCGUCUAAACUCAAGCCUUUUAAGUCAUCAGACAGUUCAUACUGGAGAGAAACCUUACAAAUGUGAUGAGUGUGGCGAGGCCUUUCGUAUAAAGUCAAACCUUUUAAGGCAUCAGAAAGUUCAUACUGGAGAGAAACCUUACAAAUGUGAUGAGUGUGGCAAGGCCUUUCGUGUAAAGUCAACCCUUUUAAGGCAUCAGACAGUUCAUACUGGAGAGAAACAUUACAAAUGUGAUGAGUGUGGCAAGGCCUUUCGUCUUAAGUCAAGCCUUUUUGGUCAUCAGACAGUUCAUACUGGAGAAAAACCUUACAAAUGUGAUGAGUGUGGCAAGGCCUUUCGUGUAAAGUCAAACCUUUUAAGUCAUCAGACAGUUCAUACUGGAGAGAAGCCUUACAAAUGUGAUGAGUGUGGCAAGGCCUUUCGUGUAAAAUCAAGCCUUUUAAGUCAUUGGACAGUUCAUACUGGAGAGAAGCCUUACAAAUGUGAUGAGUGUGGUAAGGCCUUUUCUGUAAAAUCAAACCUUUUAAGUCAUCAGACAGUUCAUACUGGAGAGAAACCUUACAAAUGCGAUGAAUGUGGCAAGACCUUUUGUGUAAAGUCAACCAUUUUAAGGCAUCAGACAGUUCAUACUGGAGAGAAACCUUACAAAUGUGAUGAGUGUGGCAAGGCCUUUCGUGAAAAGUCAACCCUUUUAAGUCAUCAGACAGUUCAUACUGGAGAGAAACCUUACAAAUGUGAUGAGUGUGGCAAGAACUUUCGUCUAAAGUCAACUCUUUUAAGGCAUCAGACAGUUCAUACUGGAGAGAAACCUUACAAAUGUGAUCAGUGUGGCAAGGCCUUUUGUGUAAAGUCAAUCCUUUUAAGUCAUCAGACAGUUCAUACUGGAGAGAAACGUUACAAAUGUGAUGAGUGUGGCAAGGCCUUUCGUCUAAAGUCAACCCUUUUAAGUCAUCAGACAGUUCAUACAGGAGAGCAACGUUACAAGUGUGAUGAGUGUGACGAGGCCUUUCGUCUAAAGUCAACCCUUUUAAGUCAUCAGACAGUUCAUACUGGUGAGAAACCUUACAAAUGUGAUGAGUGUGGAAAAGUCUUUGGUCAAAAAUCACAUCUUCAACCUCACUGGAGAAUUCAUACUGGAGAGAGCCCUUUCAGAUGUAAUGAGUGUGGCAAGUUCUUCAGUCAAAAUGUGAACCUUAAACAACAUCAGAAAAUACAUAUAGAGAAACCUUUCAAAUGUUUCGAGUGUGGAAAAUCCUUUAUUCAGGUCUCAGCACUCACUAAACAUCAGAAAAUCCAUACAUGA